ACCAAAUCCAAAACAAAGCAAUCAUGCCCGCAUUCUCCGAUAUUUCCUAUCUUUCCCACUUUCUCUUUCCUCUCUAUCUUUUUCUCUGAUCAUAAUUAACUCAAAUAAAGCAACAAAAUAUUUAUAAUUUGUACCACAAAUCCAAACCAAGUCCUACAUACGAAUCCCACAGGUCACCGGUGUUGAUUUUUUCUCUUUUUCUUCUCCCUUCUUGCUGCUAUUCACCCCACCACUCAUUCAAAUCCUUUCUCUCUCUCUUUGUUCUUUCUACACGCACAGAAAAGAAAAUGGGGAAAUGCUGUUGCCUCUGAUCAAAGAUUCAAAGGCCUUAACUUUCUGACACUUUUUCCAGUAGUAUCCUUAAACAAAACUCUGUUUUCCUGUCUUUUUUCAUCCUUUGAUCAAUGCGAAAUUUGGCUUUAUUUGUUGUUUGGUUCUAUUCAUUGUGAGAAUUUUGGUAUGAGUCUCAGUAUUUGCAGUUUAGCUUUGAUUAUUGUUUUUCCAUUUUGAGAAACGGAAAAGUGUAUACUUGAACUCUAUUGAUUGAGCCUUGAAGUACUAUAAUUGCCUGCCCUGUUUCGCAUUUACAGAGAGAACAGAAGCUUCUCUCUCCCAUCGAUCCAAGUGAAUCUUCAUUGAUCUUUGCAACGGAGUAUCUAUUUCCCCAUUUUUAAUUAUUCCCUCCACUUUAUUUUUUGCUCUACUCGAAAGAAAUCUCGGAAUCGCUGCCAAAUCCAGCUCAGAUCAUCUGGGAAUGUUCUUUCUUUCUUGAUCUGCAAACAAAGAUAAAAACUUGAUUGAAUUUUUAGCAGACCAGAGAGUUGUGCAGUAAUGGGUUGCGCUACUUCAAAGCCGAAAGUUUGCCGGCACUGCAAGGCUCCAUGUUCUCCGGUGCGCCGGAGCUAUUCAAUGCAAGGGGAGGCCUACCACAGCGUGGCUCUCACCUCCUCCACGCUCGGGUCUCUGAAGCUCGAUCCGCUAUAUCAGAACCAGAAUCAGAGCAGUAUAAGUAUAGAUAAAGAUGGGUUUGGUAUGGGAUUUAUUGAGGCAAAAACAUGGUCAGAAAUGAUCAAUGAAAAGAUUCCGAAAUUGGUUCCGAAAACGCCGAUAAGCACUCCUCCCGGCGAGCCGGAGACGAUCAAUGCUUGGGAGUUAAUGGAGGGGCUAGAAGACGUUAGCCCCCUCAAGCCUCCCCACCAUGUCCGAAGCUUCUCUUUCCACGUGUCACGCAAUCCCACUCCCUUCCCGGACGAUCAACCGACUCCGAGAGUGAAAGACGACACCGACGCAUCAAUUAAGCCGCCGUGGGUGGAAUCCGGCGACGAAGAAUCGAAUUCCACAUCAAACGACACCUCAAUCGCGUCGGAAUUCGACCCGGAGAUGAUAUCCGCUUUCCGGAAAGCGCUGGGGAGCGUUUCGCCGGCGAAUCCUCCGUUUCUCGGAGAAGAAGAGUACAAGAAGAAAUUGGGGAAAAACAGAGUGGUUGUGUACUUCACGAGCCUGAGAGGAGUGAGGAAGACGUACGAGGAUUGCUGCAAUGUUAGAGCGAUUUUGAAGGCGUUAGGAGUUAAGAUUGACGAGAGGGACGUGUCUAUGCAUUCAGGGUUUAAGGAGGAGCUGAAAGAGCUAUUGGGGGAUGGUUACGGCGGCGCGUGCUUGCCUAGAGUGUUUAUCGGUAAAAAGUUCAUCGGCGGCGCCGAUGAAAUCAGGCGAAUGCACGAGGACGGGCAGCUUGAGAAGGCUUUGGAAGGCUGCGAAAGGGCGGAUGGCGGUGGCUGCGGCGGCGGAGAUAGGGGGAAUGGUGGCGUUUGUGAGAGCUGUGGGGAUAUAAGAUUUGUGCCGUGUGAGACGUGUUCAGGGAGUUGUAAAAUUUACUGUGAAGCUGAUUAUGAUGACGAGGACGAGGACGACGAGGAGUUUGAUGAUAAUAAGGAUAAUGAUGAUUAUGGUUUUCAGAGAUGUCCAGAUUGCAACGAGAAUGGACUCAUACGAUGUCCAAUUUGUUGUGACUGAUACAUUUUUCUCUUUGGUGCUUUUCUUGUGACAAGAGAGUGAAAUUGCCUACUUCGGACGAGACAGUCUCAGUUUAUGAAAGGAUAAAUCAUGGUGACUCAACUGAUUAAAAGAAUUUAGAUUUUUGCUCAAAAAGUUCUCAUUUUGAGAGAUUACUCUACAUUGUUGUUAUUAAGACUCGAUCAUCGAUUUUUUUGGUGUUUUUCUAAAAUCAUUGUGAAGAUGCAUACUGUACAGAGGAGUUUGAUGAUGUUCUGAGGAGAGAUUUAUGACCCAAUUACCAUAGGUAUAUUAUAUAAAAGUUGUGUUACUCACUACUAGCUAGGUUUACAGAUUGUAAUGAGCAGAGCAUAUAAUAUAACUAUAUAAGCCACCCAGUGUCCUCAAAGCUUGUAAUGCAUACAAUUUGUGUCUUGCCACUUGCGUUUCAACUUUCAACCAACAGUACAGUUUAUCCGUUUUGCAA